AACACCACCACAACAGCAUCUUUCUUACCAAACACCACCACAACAGCAUCGUCUCUCCUGUUAUAGUCUUUGUCUAUUUAUAUAUAUAAUAAUUCAAUGGCAGACAUGAGAAAUGAGAAUUGAUCAUUGGAUCAUCAUAAUAACAAUAACCUUAACAAGCCUAAUUUCUCUGUAUCUCUAUCAUCGGCUGGUAAACGAAGAAGAGAGAAGAGGAGAGAAGAUGAAAGGGGUGGCGGCGAAGGUGAUGGAGACAUUUUACAUUUCGCAUGGAUCGCCGACGCUGUCGAUCGACGAAUCGUUGGCGGCGAGGCACUUUUUGAAAUCAUUCAGAGACACCGUGUACGGCCUCAAACCUAGCUCCAUCCUCAUCGUCUCCGGCCACUGGGAGACCUCCGUCCCCACCGUCAACGCCGUCUCUGGACCCUCCGACACCAUCUACGAUUUCUAUGGCUUCCCCAAAGAGAUGUACAAGCUCAAGUAUCCGGCACUGGGAGCUCCAGAACUAGCCAUGAGGGUGAAGGAGCUGCUGAUGGCAUCAGGGUUCGAUCAUGUGGAUGUGGAUAAAAAGCGUGGCCUAGACCAUGGUGCUUGGGUCCCACUGAUGCUCAUGUACCCAGAGGCUGAUAUUCCGGUGUGCCAACUCUCCUUGCAGACCGACAAGGAUGCAACUUAUCAUUAUGACUUGGGGAGGGCAUUGGCUCCUCUCAAGGAGGAAGGUGUUCUGAUUGUUGGUUCUGGCGCUGCCACUCACAACUUGAGGACUCUCCGUCAGUCCAAAGACGGCUCUGUUGCUUCCUGGGCUUUGGAGUUCGAUACAUGGCUCAAAGAUUCCCUUCUUAGUGGAAGGUUUGAAGAUGUCAAUCACUAUCAAGAGAAGGCACCAAAUGCAAAAGUUGCACACCCAUGGCCUGACCACUUCCAUCCAUUGCACGUAGCCAUGGGUGCUGCAGGUGAAAAUGCAAAAGCCGAACUCAUUCACCAUAGCUGGGACCUUCAAACACUUUCUUAUGCCUCCUACAAGUUCACAACUGCAGCCUAAAUACAUUUGUCACAGAGGUGCAGCAUCAACAUCUUUGUCAUUAAAAAAUAUUUAUGUGCAGGGUAACCAGUCGAUAAAAAACUCACGUGGUGGUCUCACUGUCGAGCCCACACAUUGUAAGACUCAUUCUCUUGUGAAUGUUCUGUGACCUGUCCUAUUACCAGUUUCUGUAUAAGUAUGAAUGUGUGUUUGUUAUUAUAUUUGCCUCGAUGAUUUUUUUGUUUUGUUCUCUUUGUUAUGUAUGAACUUUGAAUAAGAUGAGAAUAUCAAUGUGAAGUGCAUUUUAAUUGAAAA